AUGGCAUACACUGAUAAUAUAAAGACAAACCUCGAAUGGAUCUCUUCCCUUUCUUUGGAUCAUCCUGUGAAAAAUAUUCGAAAGACCUCGAUUAUUUGCACUAUUGGUCCAAAAACUAAUAGUGUUGAAAUGAUUACAGCUUUACGUAAUGCUGGUAUGAAUAUCGUCCGUCUUAACUUCUCCCACGGCUCUUAUGAGUAUCACAGCUCAGUUAUUAAUAAUGUCCGCGAAAAUGCAAGAUUACACCCUGGUCGACCUCUAGCCAUUGCCCUAGACACGAAAGGGCCAGAAAUUCGAACAGGUUUGAUGCGAAAUAAUGAGGAGCUUCCGAUCAGUGUUGGCCAUGAAAUGAUUUUCAGCACAAACAAGAAAUACGCGGAAAUUUGUGAUCUAAAUGUUAUGUACGUCGAUUACUCAAAUUUACCAAAGGUUAUUAAUAAAGGAAAGAUCAUCUAUGUGGACGAUGGUGUCCUCUCAUUUGAAGUAAUUGAAAUUGGAGAAGAUGAAGUGAAAGUUCGCGCGUUGAAUAAUGGGAAACUGUGUAGCAAGAAAGGAGUCAAUUUACCAAUGACUUCAGUUGACUUGCCAGCACUUUCCGAAAAAGACAAAGCAGAUUUAAAAUUUGGCGUUGAACAAGACGUUGAUAUGGUGUUUGCUUCGUUUAUUCGAAACGGACAAGAUAUUCGGGAUAUAAGAGAAGUUUUAGGGGAGAAGGGAAAGACCAUCAAAGUCAUCGCUAAAAUUGAAAAUUAUCAAGGUCUCGUAAAUUUUGAUGAAAUUUUGGUCGAGACAGAUGGUGUAAUGGUCGCUCGUGGUGAUCUUGGUAUUGAAAUUCCUCCUUCACAAGUUUUUGUUGCACAAAAGAUGAUAAUUGCCAAAUGUAAUAUUGUUGGGAAACCUGUUGUCUGUGAUGUCGCUAAUGCGGUUCUUGAUGGUGCUGAUUGCGUCAUGUUAUCGGGUGAAACGGCGAAAGGCGCAUAUCCAAUUGAAACUGUGCAUAUGAUGCAAGAGACGUGUAUCAUCGCCGAGUCUGUGAUUUGUUAUCCGCCACUAUUUAAUGAACUUCGUGCGUUAACAGCCCUACCUGCCGACACCACCGAAACUGUCGCGUCUUCUGCUGUAUCUGCGGCUCAUGAGCAAAAUGCUGGCUGCAUUCUUGUCUUAUCGACUUCUGGCACCUCUGCGCGUCUGGUUUCUAAAUAUCGGCCACGUUGCCCCAUUAUAACAGUUACAAGAAAUGCGCAAACAGCGCGUCAAAUUCAUCUUUAUCGUGGCUGCUAUCCAUUUAUUUAUGAUGUGCCACCACCUUCCGAUGCUAUAAAAGAUGGUUGGCAAGAAGAUGUAGAGAAUAGAAUUCGUUGGGGUAUUCGACAUGCAAAAUUUUUGAAUAUCUUAAAAAGUGGAGAUCCGGUCAUUGCAAUUCAAGGAUGGAAAGGCGGUCUUGGGAACACUAAUACACUUCGUAUACUAAGUACACCAUGA